AUGGCAUCUCCCUGUACUGAUUUGCAGAGACUCUGGCCCCAGACCUCACGGUCUCGCUCAGGUAGCUCACUCACCUACCUCCGCCUCCGACCCUUGACCCCAACUCUGGCCCCGGCCCCUUUGCUUCCCCUGGAGGCCCAAAACAGAAUCGCCCACCGACCUCAGCGCUUCGGGGAGUGGAGAAGGGGUCUACAGAAGGGAAGGACCAAGGAAGGACUUGGGCGGGAGAGAGUGGGUGAGGGGUGUUUUCUCAGUAAACACGGCGGGAAUCCGGGUGACACACACAUCCCCACCCGCUACUCAGCUGUCCUAGAAGCCCGGCUCCGGGAGGAAGGAAGCCGCGUCCAAGGAAAGCUACUCCCGACGGCCCCCUGCCCUGCCAUGGCGGAGCGGCCCCGGCUUCGGCCGCGGCUCCGGGAUCUGGGGGAUCGCCUGGUCCGGGUCCUGGGGGGCUUGGGGGGCCGGAGGGACAGGCGGAACAAAGAACCACCUCUGCCAGGAGAGCACAGAGUCCCAGACAGGGUCUCUGGCCAUGGCACCCCUCUUUGGAACCCUGCCUUUCCCCCCACCCUGAUCCCCAAGCAGGCCCUGGGGAGGUCAGAGCUGCCCAGACCUGGUUCAGAGCAGCAGCAGCAACCACAACAGCAAGGAAUUGGCACCUCCUACCCCCUAACGACAACAACAACAACCAAACAGCAGCUAGUGGCUGUGGGCGGGAGGCCCAGGAAGAGGAGCAGAGUCCAGGCCCUGCCUGUGGGGAAGGUGGGGCUAUACCUCAUUAGUGGACAGGGCCAAGUCAGCCAGGACCCAGUCACUACCUCUUGGCUCAAGGCCCAGGCCCCUCAGCCCAGAGGGGACCAGCCAUCCUCUGCCAAGACAGGCGUCCGGAGCAGCUCGGAAUGGGACCUGCUGAACUGGGGCCCGGGCCGAUGGCCCCGGAGGAGAAGCCUGGGGACGUCCACUCAUUCCCUAGGACGGCUGCAGAGACCAGCUGUGGGCAGUGUCUCGGACCUUGCCACGCAUGCUCCUACCCAACCUAAGGGCUCAGGGCUUGUAGGAACCCCAGGAUCUCUCUCCCCAGUACAAUCCCAAGAGGGUGAGACAUCUGUAUCUGGUCUCCUUAGACAAUCCUUGACCCACCAUGAGGUAGUUGGACAAGGCAGGGGGCCCUUUGAUGUGCCUCCUUUGAGUACUAGGGGUGCCGUUGGUGAGGGCCUCCUAGAGGAGGUAGACCCUAGUCCAAGUGAGGAGAUAGUAGGCCCCUGUGCCCAGGGGGAUACCAUUGACACCACCAACGCCCCACAGCCCCAAGAUCCUGUGAGGUCUGAGCCUGCUCUCACCCACCUAGUUCCCCGUCAGCAAACAAAGAGUGACAGCUAUCAUGAUCACUCAAUAGAGUCCCCUGCAUUUGGGGGGCCAGAGCCACCCCCUGAUUGUCCAUUGCCAGCCAGGACCACCUGCUAUCUUGUCACCAUCACCCUGCAGGAGAAGAGAGGGGUGAAUCCUGGGGAGGGUGGAGGGGAGCCAGAGUUAGUACCGUCAGUGCCGUGGGAGCUGAAACCGGCCCAACCAGCUCCUUGCUCAGGCCGCUCUGAAGAAUUCCAGGGCUGCCGGGUGAGGGUGCAGGCCCCUCCCCAGGAGCCACGCCCCAUCACGGGGUGCCCCGACUCCUGGCCCUGGGAACCCCAGUUGAAACAGGACCAGUACCCAAGGAGAGCAGGCAAGGCUGCUGGGAGCCAGGCCGCUGAGACACCUGGAUCUCUGGACAGAAGGCCCGGUCUCAUCCUGUGCUUCUUCCACCAGCAUUUUUCAGAGCCAUCCAUCUUCCUCUACGGGCUGGAGUGCUUCGAGGGAAAAGAGAUCGAGCUCAAUGGGGAAGUCCGGAGCCUUCAGGCCGAGGGCUUCAACAACCACGUCCUGUCCGUUCGGAUCAAGGGGGGCGUCUGGGUGCUCUGUGAGCACAGUGAUUUCCGAGGUCGCCAAUGGCUGGUGGGAAGCACCGAGCUUACCAACUGGCUGACCUACAGUGGGACCCAGAGGAUCGGCUCUCUCUAUCCUAUCAAGCAGCGCCGAGUUUACUUCUGCCUGCGGAACAAAGGCCUGGGAAGGUGGCUGGCAGUGCCUGAGGACGUGGAGGACAUGAAAGCUGGGAGGGUUGUGGUCUCGGAGACCCGGGCUGGGGGCAGCUGUAUCUGGUACUAUGAAGAUGGGCUACUGAAGAACCAGGUGGCCCCAACAAUGAGCCUGCAGGUGAUUGGGCAACCCAGCCCUGGAUCCAAGGUGGUGCUUUGGAGUGAGAGCCGCCAGCCCAGACAGACAUGGAGCAUUGACACCUCUGGGCACAUCUGCAGUGAGAUGUUUGAGGACAAGAUCCUGGAUGUGAAGGGUGGCCGGGGCUAUGAUAGGGACCAUGCUGUGCUGUGGGACAGGACUGAGGAAAGACCUUCUCAGAUCUGGGAUGUCCAGGUGCUCUGA